CACGACCAACUCCACACGCCAUGUCCGCCCGUAAACCCCCAGCAGCAAGGACACAAUCUGGCCAAGCAUCGUCGUCAUCCUCCUCCUCCAGCCCAGCCAUCUCCGGCAAGGUCUCUUCUGCAGCAUCCUCCAACAACAACCCCAUUCCCGCACUCUACAAGGCCUACUCUGAAUCCACUCCUCCUAGACACAAGCUCAUCGAUGCCUUCCUCGUAUUCUACAUCGUGGCAGGAGUGAUCAUCUUUGCUCAUGGCUUGCUCGUGACCACUUUCCCUUUCAAUAGCUGGAUUGCUGCUUUCAUCUCCACCGCUGGUCAAUUUGUCCUCCUCGCUUCUCUCCGUAUCCAAACUACUCCUACAAACCAAGGUGAUUUCCCCAAGAUUUCACCAGAGAGGGCAUUUGUAGAUUUCCUCUUUGCGAGUGUUAUACUGCACUUUUUCGUGGUGAAUUAUUUGCAGUAGAGAGUAGAGAG